AUGGGAUGCUGCCCGGGAGACUGCCUCAAUUGCUGCUCCCAGGAACAAGACUGCUGUGAGGAGUGUUGCUGCCAGCAGGGCUGCUGCGGCUGCUGUGGCUCCUGCUGUGGCUCCUGCUGUGGCUCCUGCUGUGGCUGCGGAGGCUCUGGCUGCGGAGGUUCUGGCUGCGGAUCUAGCUGCUGCGGGUCUGGCUGCGGGGGCUGCGGAGGCUGCGGGUCUAGCUGCUGCGGAUCUGGCUGCGGGGGCUGCGGAGGCAGCUGCUGUGGCUCCGGGUGCUGUGGCGGCGGGUGCUGUGGUCCAGUGUGCUGUCAGCCCACACCUGUGUGCGAGACGAAAUGA